UAUGGGCACACUGUUUUAAGGACCUUCAGCUGAUUGGCUGAUUGGCUAGAAAAAGCUAGGUAAUAGCCAAACUGGCAUCACUGAUUGUUAUUUUCACGAGCCAUUAAGCCAGUAUAGGCGCAGUUGCAGACCACCCGAAUGAAGUAGAGAUCGAAGCGACUAAGCCACAUCCGACUGAGAUGACUAUCUCAGGUGUUCCAUUGGGUACAGAUAAAAUGAACAAAUUUAGGUAUUUUGUGGGUUUGGUGACCCAGUCCCGCUCCAUUUCGCAUUCGAAUCCCAAGGAGCAGAUUCUCAACUUCCUUACCUAUGGACUGCUAGUCAUUGUGGCCCUCUGCGCCGGAUUUCUGCUGUGGGACCUCUCCAACAGCCCCCACGAUGGAUUCUUCCAUGGGAAAAGGGAAUCCCAUACCCUGGUGCUAGAUCUGGGGAACAUUCAGGAGGUGCCCAUCAACCCAGAAGCUGAGCAGCGAGCGCGGAAUGUAAACUGCACUUUUUGGGACUGCCUGAACAUUUACAAAUGCGAGCACGACCGCCUGAAGGUGUAUAUCUAUCCGCUGCAGGAUUUUGUGGACGAACGCAGCGACAAUGUGGCUAGCACCCUCUCGAGCGAGUACUUCCAGAUCCUAGAGGCAGUGCUGAAGAGCCGCUACUACACCUCCAAUCCUAACGAAGCGUGCCUCUUCCUGCCCAGCUUGGACUUGCUCAAUCAGAACAAUUUUGACAAGCACUUGGCCGGCGCUGCAUUGGCAUCCUUGGACUUCUGGGAUCGCGGAGCAAACCAUAUCAUCUUCAACAUGCUGCCCGGUGCGGCUCCAUCGUACAACACCGUUUUGGACGUAAACACGGAUAAUGCAAUUAUUUUUGGCGGUGGCUUCGACUCCUGGUCAUAUCGUCCGGGUUUCGAUGUUUCCAUUCCCGUAUGGAGUCCGCGCCUGGUGCCGCAGCAUGCUCAUGCAACAGCUCAGAGGAAAUUCCUCCUGUUAGUGGCUCAGCUCAAUAUACUGCCUCGCUUCGUAAGAACCAUGCGAGAGGUGGCGUUGGCCCAUAAUGACCAGAUGCUGCUACUGGGAGCCUGUGAGAACAUGGAUCUGACUUCUAGAUGCCCAGUAUCCCAGCACCACAAGUCUCUCGAAUACCCAAGACUGCUUUCCCGCGGAAAGUUCUGUCUGAUCACCAAAAGCCUUCGCUUGGGGCAGCCGGACUUGGUGGAGAUCAUGUCCCAGCACUGCAUUCCUGUAGUUGCUGUGGACAACUAUAUAAUGCCCUUCGAGGAUGUCAUCGAUUGGUCCCUCGCCUCUGUGCGUAUUCGGGAGUCUGAACUGCAUUCCGUAAUGCAGAAGCUCCAAGCCAUUUCGAAUAUAAAGAUCGUGGAAAUGCAGAAGCAGGUCCAGUGGCUCUAUUCCAAAUACUUCAAGGACUUGAAAACUGUGACACUGACUGCUUUGGAGAUACUGGAGAGUCGCAUCUUUCCUUUGCGGGCCCGCAGCAGUCGCAAGUGGAACGUCAUCGAUACAAAUGCCCGCUCCACCUUUAAUCCGCUCUUCUUGCCCACCCUGGCGCCCAAAUCCCAGGGAUUCACAGCAGUUAUUCUCACAUACGAUCGUGUGGAGAGCCUCUUCUUGCUGAUUCAGAAGUUAUCCGUUGUUCCAUCGCUGCAAAGUAUCCUGGUCGUUUGGAAUAACCAGAAAAAGUCUCCUCCGCACUUGUCUACAUUUCCCUCCAUCUCCAAGCCUUUGAAGAUCCGACAAACCAAGGAGAACAAGCUAUCUAAUCGUUUUUAUCCCUAUCCGGAAAUUGAAACUGAAGCCAUACUAACCAUAGAUGAUGAUAUCAUCAUGCUGACCACAGACGAGCUGGAUUUCGGUUACGAAGUUUGGCGCGAGUUUCCCGACCACAUAGUAGGCUUUCCGAGCCGAAUUCACGUCUGGGACAACAACACCAUGCGCUGGCACUACGAAUCCGAGUGGACAAACCAAAUAUCCAUGGUCCUGACGGGCGCUGCCUUUCAUCAUAAGUUCUGGAGCCACAUGUACACCCAUGCCAUGCCGGGCGAUAUCAAGGACUGGGUUGAUGAACACAUGAACUGCGAGGACAUUGCCAUGAACUUCCUAGUGGCCAACAUCACGAAUAAUCCACCGAUCAAGGUUACUCCAAGGAAGAAAUUUAAGUGCCCCGAGUGCACCAACACAGAGAUGCUGUCCGCCGACUUGAAUCACAUGCGAGAGCGUUCGGCCUGCAUCGAUCGCUUCUCGAAAAUCUACGGACGCAUGCCGCUACGCACGGUGGAGUUCAGAGCGGACCCCGUACUGUUCCGGGACAAUUUCCCCGAAAAGUUGAAGCGAUACAACGACAUUGGCAGCUUGUAAGCCGCAAAACAUUCCAUUGGAAUUAGGAGAUAUACCAAAGACUUGGAAUAGCGUUCAACUACAGUGGGGAGACCGAUUUUGUCGAAGUUGCAAUAUGAAGAACAUAUCUCUUGGCUAUAUUUGGCCAUUUAUGCUAGAUCUCAGUCUGCAUCUAUAUAUCUAUAACCAGAGAGUAGAUUCUGUUUAGAAAGACGGCUUGUUGUCUUCAGAAAUCGAUGCUCUUUGUAGGCAAAAGUGAGUUGUUGGAUUGGAUUGGCUUUUAUGAGUUGACUGUUAACUUAAUUUAUUUAUAAGUUCACUCUCUUAGACCCUAGUUAUUGAAUAGAAUUCAGGACCGCUGCAUGUAAUAGAAAUUACGCGAACAUUAAAAGUUGAUAUUACCAUAAAAA